UCAAGCAGCAGUCCGUCUGCAUUCCCCGAAACAAGCAAGACCGUCGACGGACGACACUCACUGAUUACGGACAGAGAGUGGUUCGGGUAGUGCGAUGCUCGUGCAGGGCUAGUGUCCGUCAACCCCGAGUGAACUUUUGGCCCGCGUUGGCCUCCGAGUCAAUCCUUCACCGCCUGGGGAUGCGGCGAGGCCGCUGAACAACAUUGAUCGCGCGCACGCAGGGGUGGCGUCGCACCUGAGCCGACCUGAGAUGCGCCUCAGGGGCUGCUAGGGCCCCGUGCGACCUCCACCCCUAGUCGCCAUGGUGCAAUGUCUGCCCCCGAGCACCCUUUUGUCCGCGCUGUGGGCCGCCCUGUUGCUGCUCCUCACCUUUUCCGUCACAGCUGAUACAGAAAUUCCAGUCGAAAAUGCUUUCAUCAAGCGCUUUGAACCGGCUCUCUACGACCGAACGCACUUGGCGAGGCAGCAUGCCAGGGUCAGGCGCGACGCGGCGUCGACCACCACGGCGCCGCGGCCUCUCCGACUCGACGUCACCGCUUUCAAUAGGACUUUUAAGUUGCACCUCUUCCCGGACGUCUCCGUCUUUUCCAACGACGUCUCCUUUGAGAGCACCAGAGGACCCGUUUCUUUCGAUCUCGACCGAGCUUAUCAAGGAACUCUUGACGACGACGAGUCCGUGGAAGUGAAGGGCCUGGUCACCUCGGAAGGCCUCUUCGACGGCUCCCUCACUUGGCCCAAUGGCGAAUCCAUCUACAUUGAGCCCACCUCAAGGUAUGUGCAGGAACUGUCCGACUCAGCGCCGCACUCGGUGGUCUACAGGUCAGAGGACGUGCGCGACCCCGACCUGCCGACAUGCGCCUCGCAAGACCUGCACGACCGGCUUCAGGACAAGAUGCCGGCGACAAAAAACAACGCGACCCGUCGCAAGCGGUGGCUGCACGGCGGGCGGAACAAAAGGGCCGCCGCCAUCGACCCCCAUAAGACCACUUGCAUGCUCUACCUGCAGGCCGACCACCUGUUCUACCAGAAGUUCGGCUCCGAAGAGGCGUGCAUAGAAGUUAUGACCCGACACGUCCAAAGGGUCAACUCAAUCUACCAUGGGACAGAUUUCGACCAAGACGGAAAGACUGACAGUAUUAGUUUCAUGAUCAAACGAAUCAAAGUUCAUUCCGCGGACGCGCUCAACGAUACUAGCUAUAGGUUUCCCAGCAACUAUGGAGUAGAGAAAUUUCUCGAGCUAUUUUCAGAGGAGGACUACGACGCCUUCUGCUUGGCUUACAUGUUCACCUACCGAGACUUCGAGAUGGGAACUCUGGGUCUCGCGUGGACUGGGGAUCUCAAGAACGCAGGAGGUGUUUGCGAGAAAAAUGGGCAUUACCGCGGCUCAAUGAAGAGUCUGAACACAGGCAUAGUUACGCUUCUCAACUACGGCAAACACGUGCCACCAGCUGUGUCCCACGUCACUCUAGCCCACGAGAUUGGCCACAACUUUGGCUCUCCACACGAUCCCGAAAAUUGCACGCCUGGAGGUGAGGACGGCAACUUCAUCAUGUUCGCCCGAGCCACUUCCGGUGACAAACGAAACAACAACAGAUUUUCGCCCUGCAGCCUUGACUCGAUCAGUCCGGUGCUGGCGGCCAAAGCCAGGAGCAGCCGCGGCUGCUUCACAGAGCCCCAGACUGCCAUUUGCGGCAACGGAGUCGUCGAGCCUGGCGAGGAUUGUGACUGCGGCUGGGAGUCGGACUGCAGAGACUCCUGCUGCUUCCCCAUGUCCAGCAACCCCCGACCCAACGAACCCCCUUGCAGACUCACCCCCAAGAGCUCCUGCAGCCCCUCUCAAGGACCCUGCUGCACGAGUGAGUGUCAACUGAAGUAUGGUGACAAGUGCAGAGAUGACAAUGGUUGUCGCGACGCCAGCUACUGUGAUGGUAGAGGACCUGCGUGCCCCCCUUCCACAAACAAACCCAACAAGACUGUUUGCAACGAAGAGUUUGUUUGCUUCAUGGGGGAGUGCACCGGCUCCAUCUGUUUGGCUUAUGGGCUGGAGUCGUGCCAAUGCAUCCCUGGACCCAGGGACCCUCCGACCAAAGCGUGCGAGCUUUGCUGCAAAUCUCCCGGAGAUGACCAGCCAUGCCUCUCAUCUUUUGAUUGGAAUCUACCUCCGUUUGAUAUUCCUGAUUUAUACUCCAAGCCUGGUACACCAUGCAACAAUUACAUUGGAUAUUGUGAUGUCUUCCAGAAGUGUAGAGAGGUUGACCCGUCUGGUCCUUUGGCAACCCUUCGCAAAUUGCUGCUUUCCGAUGAGAGUCUGGCCUCAGUCAAGAAAUGGGUCGGCCAACACUGGUAUCUCAUCGUCCUAAUUGUAGUCGUUGUCAUCUCGCUAAUGGUAAUGAUUGCCAAGGCAUUUGGCCGCAGAGACGACAGCAAACUGCGCGCCGUCACCAUCCUCCACACUGGCAACGCCACCGAACAAGUUCGACUUCCACCAGGGGGUGGUUUGACCGUUCACCCAGGGGUGCGCAGCAAACUACCCUUAGGAAAACGAGUGCGCGCCAAAGUGAGCAAGAAAAGUGGAAACACUUCAGCAGCCACCCCCGCCUCGGCCAACGCCUCACCCGAAAAGCAGCAGAAAAAGCGACGCCGACGAAGAAAAGAGGUCAUCGACUACAGCGGGGAGAAGUCGGCGGCCAACAAGACCAGCCUGGCCGCUGCCGACCCUGUCACAGGCACCGUGGCCGCCGACGAUCCCUUGGGCAAAGUCCGGAAUUGGCUGAUUUCGAGCAACCCAGCGCCGUCGGCGCCUCCGAAGAAAAAAUCUCCCCACAUGCCCAAGAGCAAAUCAACUCCAGCCGCCCUUGCUGGAACACCGCAGCCAGUGGCCGCCGCUCCUCCGGUGGCGGCCACCCCUAGAGUGGCCACGGCUGUGGUCCUGCCUAGAAGUAGCAACAAAACGAGAAGCAAAUCCCACAGUUUAGGCAACCUGCAGGCCAAGUCGGGGGCGAAACUGCAGCUGCUGUACAAACCACCCUUCAAACUGACCGUCAAACUCAAAAAGAGGGAGGACGGCCGGGCGGCAGCGGCCGCUGUGGCCCGCGGCCGGACUGCCCUGCUCAUCAGCAGGGGUGGCCGAGGAGGGGCUGACAAAAGUCGGGGGGAGGGGAAGAAUAAGGCGGCUCUCAGGGCCGAGGACUUGGAUGUGACCACGGUGGUGCCAUCGGACCGGGCGGUGCUCAUCAACUCUGGUCCGGUGGUCACCUAACAGAAAAAGUGCCAACUUGUCAGGACGAACUACUUUUUCAGCAGCUGUGUGAUCCUUUUUUACUGCUAGCGAACGAAAAACCUCGAUCAAUGUGUAAAACUUAUUAAUUUUAAAAUAAUUCCCAGGUCACUCUCAAUCUUGUAAUUAUUAUUGUUGCUACCGUCUGAUUAUAAACCGUCACCAAAUGAAUCGCUUUUGAUUUUUCACUUUCGACGAACCAGCUGGGACCAGAAGUCAAAAUAUUUCUCAGAAGAAUAAUAAACGUCCCCAUCGAAAUUAUUUACCGUGUGCUUGGUGAAGUGAAGAUCUUUGAUUUUUGCAAAGGAAGAAUGCCAAUUAAGAAGGUGUUGAAUUUUAUCAACGCCUUGAUUACCUACAUAUUUACAUGAUAAACGGAGGUUUAGCUAGAAGAAAAUUAAUGUGCGAUUUUCUAACAAUUUCAUAUCUUUCUCCGUCAGUAAAAUAAUGGUUUGAAUCUCUACUUUGUCCAAAUUGGCGUUGCAAAUGUUCUCUUUAAGUAGUUGGAGUGUUGUUGAACAUUUUCCUUGUCAGGGAGAAUAAAUUUGGCUCCUGUGGAAACAUUUUUGAAAAUAAUUACCACAAUCUCAGAACUUAAAGCAUUUCCAUCUUCAUCAUCACUCGGGAGCGUACUUAAAAAAAAAGGUGCAAUGUGUUUAAUUGUGAGCGUGUACGAAAAAUUCAAUUUCAAAUGUCUUCAUGUUGUUUGUAUAGGAACGAAUGGAGGAACAAUAAGAUUAUAAUAUGUCAUCCGUAUAAUAUUAAUUUAACUUGAAAAUGAAGACACAACGUGAUAAACUAAUCCAAAAAUGAUAUUGAAUAAUGUUUAAAAUACGAAUUAUGUGCGUAAUUACAAUGAAAUGCGUCGGUACGUUUUGUUGCUGUAAAAAUUGGUGUUGUCGAAUGUUUGUUGCGUUUGAAAAACUCGAGUGCGCGCUGCGACUUCUUCUUAGCCGCUAGAAAUUUUUGAGAGUGCUAAGAAAACUUGUGCAAAAGCAGGCACGUCGGGUGAAACACGUUUAAUAUGUUGUGAAAAUGCUGUAACGAAAAAAAUCAGUUCACAAAUAUAUUUUAAAUGUUUUAACAUAAAAUGCAGCCUUGUUUUAU